AUGUUCUCGUCGCUUCUGCGAUCUUUGCCCCAGCUAGGACGGAGAUGGAAUCCUCUUGACUUCUCCAACCCGAACUUCGUUCGGAUACCCGAGAGGCAAAAGAUUGAAGAGGAGACUCUCCCAUAUUAUACUGCCUCGCAGUAUUAUCCAACUCGAAUAGGAGAAGUCAUCAAGGAGCGAUACCAAGUCAUCGGCAAAUUGGGAUUUGGAUCUACAUCAACUGCGUGGCUUGCGCGAGACAUGAAUGAACGACGUUAUGUCAUGCUCAAAAUAUUCGUCCAGGCUGCAUCCAUGGGCCAGCAUGUGGAUAACGAGGUUAAUAUGUACAGACAUAUCAAGGCCGAUAAUAUCAUGUUCGGCAUCAGGGAUGAUUCAGUCUUCACUGACUUCGAGGAGUCUGAACUUCAACACCCUGUGCCGAGGAAGGAGGUAGACAAAGACGGGAGAAUAAUCUACACGUCACAGGAACUCAAAGUACCCAAGCGACCCGGUGCCCCAGUUCUUUGCGAUUUUGGUUCGGCCAUGGUCGGUGAUUUUCUCGCUCCUGAUUUAUUGACCGAUCAGAUUCCGCUUGAGGAAAGGGAAACUACCCUCGAGGGGAGUGUGGAGAGAGAGGCUUUCUUGCGUUUCAUGCGCAAAAUGCUGCAGUGGGAACCUGGCAAACGUAGCUCCGCUAAGGAGCUGGCGGAGGAUGAAUGGAUCCACAGCCAUAUGUAA